GAUGGGCUGCCGCUGUUAUUGACCCCCAUCGGUGCCUCACUGACAUCAUUGUCGCUCAGUGGACGAAGGGAGUUGGUCGGAGAUGGCUUGUUUCUUGGCUGUUGCCCCAAUCUUCUCGAGCUGUCCCUCCGCGGGAACGUUGUGGAAGCCCAGCUCGAUUUUCGCGAGUAUCGGAAGUUAAAUGCCGAACUUCCUUGCAAUUGGCAUGAUGUUGUAUCGCUUUCAAAGGCAUUGACGGACGCGGGCAGUCCGCUAGCGAAAUGUCUGCACCGACUGCGUAUUCGUUUGGAAAAACCCCGUUUUCGUCGCGUAAAUCAUCCUGUAGAACAUGACUUGGAUGCACUGCUGGAAAUGCUCGAGGUCAACGUUUCUCUGGAGUAUUUGGAUGUGAUCAUCCCCACAACUCAUCGGGGUUACAUCACUAAAUUUGCUCUGCACAACAAGAGACCGAUCUGUAGGUCGCUUUUGUUUCCAAUCAAGUCGAAGUUGGCGUUCCUAAGCGUGGUGGAACGUUCCAAGUCUCUGAGAUCGACCAAGGAGAGGAAACGUGUUGUGCCAGCUUCUAGUUCGGCGCUGUCCAAGCUGGAUCACCUGAUCAUAUCCAAUAUCUUCGCAUUGGCCGCUCGACCAGUCCUUAGACGAGUGAUAUGUCGCUUAGAACGCGAGUUUGGAGCCGCCCAGGAAUUAAAUGACGAGGAAGCAGAUGCUUAA